GCGAUAUUUUUGUGGCUCUUUUUAGGGUGUGUGCAUUCUUUAUAUGUGUUGUGCUACUUAUGUGGAUAAUUAGGUGAUAUUUCUCUUAUAACGGAUAGUUAUCCUGAACCGUCAAUAUGCCGAAAUCAAUAUUAAAUUACAUUACCCAUGCACUUGAUAUUAACUCAAGUAACAAUGAGUCGAUGAACGUCCGUGUGACGACGAUGGACGCGGAGCUGGAGUUCGCGAUCCAGCAAACGACGACGGGCAAACAACUUUUCGAUCAAGUUGUGAAGACCAUCGGAUUGCGCGAAGUGUGGUUCUUCGGUCUGCAGUAUACUGACUCAAAGGGCGACCUCACCUGGAUCAAGCUCUAUAAAAAGGUGAUGCAGCAAGACGUCAAGAAAGAGAACCCACUACAGUUCAAGUUCCGUGCCAAAUUCUAUCCCGAAGACGUGGCUGACGAGCUCAUCCAAGAGAUCACACUCAAGCUCUUCUACCUUCAAGUAAAGAAUGCGAUCCUCUCUGACGAGAUAUACUGUCCACCGGAGACGUCUGUGCUGUUGGCGUCGUACGCGGUGCAGGCGCGGCACGGCGACCACAACCCGGCGGUGCACGGGCCCGGCUUCCUCGCCAACGACCGUCUGUUGCCGCAGCGAGUCACCGAUCAACACAAGAUGUCACGAGAAGAGUGGGAACAGAGCAUAACCAACUGGUGGCAAGAACAUCGCGGUAUACUCCGCGAGGAUGCAAUGAUGGAAUACCUGAAGAUCGCUCAAGACCUGGAGAUGUACGGUGUCAAUUACUUCGAGAUUCGCAACAAGAAGAACACUGAACUCUGGCUAGGUGUCGACGCCCUCGGACUCAAUAUCUACGAGAAAGAUGACAAAUUGACGCCAAAGAUCGGUUUCCCGUGGUCGGAGAUAAGGAACAUCUCGUUCAACGACCGCAAGUUCAUAAUAAAGCCGAUAGACAAGAAGGCGCCGGACUUCGUGUUCUUCGCGCCGCGCGUGCGCGUGAACAAGCGCAUCCUGGCGCUGUGCAUGGGCAACCACGAGCUGUACAUGCGCCGCCGCAAGCCCGACACCAUCGACGUGCAGCAGAUGAAGGCGCAGGCGCGCGAGGAGAAGCUCGCCAAGCAGGCGCAGAGGGAAAAAUUGCAAUUGGAAAUCGCAGCUCGUGAACGCGCUGAGAAGAAACAACAGGAAUAUGAAGACCGUCUGCGUCACAUGCAGGAGGAAAUGGAACGCUCACAGGCGAAUUUAUUAGAAGCGCAAGACAUGAUCCGGCGGCUGGAGGAGCAGCUGCGACAGCUGCAGGCUGCCAAGGAGGAGCUGGAACAUCGCCAGAACGAGCUGCAGGCGAUGAUGACCCGCCUCGAGGAGACCAAGAACAUGGAGGCGGCGGAGCGUGCCAAGUUGGAGGAGGAGAUCCGCGCCAAGCAGGAGGAAGUGUCCCGCAUACAGCAGGAGGUGGAACAGAAAGACACCGAGACCAGACGCCUGCAAGAGGAGGUCGAGGAGGCGAGACGCAAACAGGACGAGGCGGCGGCCAUGUUGGCGGCGGCGCAGACCCCGCAGCACCACCACGUGGCGGAGGCGGGCGCGGGCGCGGAGGGCGCGGGCGGCGACAACGACGCGGGCUCCGACGGCGGCUCCGAGUCGGGCGGCGGCGACCUCACGCGCGCGCCCGACGGCCUCGUGGACCCGCUCGCGGACCGCACCACGCUCGCGCAGCGCUCCGAGCGGCUGCACUCGCAGCUCAACGCCCUGAAACAAGACUUAGCGCAGUCCCGCGACGAGACUAAAGAAACAGCUAUGGAUAAGAUCCACCGCGAGAACGUCCGCCAGGGGCGCGACAAGUACAAGACGUUGCGCGAGAUACGCAAGGGGAAUACCAAACGGCGCGUCGAUCAGUUCGAGAACAUGUAAACGUCGCACCGAAAGCGACUCUAUUCCCGCACCAUAAGGCCGCGUGCCUCCAUCGUGUAAAUAUUGAUUAUUAUUACUUAAUAGUAAUUUUAUUUUAGACCAUAAUGUGCUAUAACCGAAUAAUGUAUACAUUUUUGAAGUGGAACGACGUAUAUAAAAUAUUGUAAUGGAAAGCGCUCGCCGGAGUUGCCGAAUCGAGGCACACGCAUUUUUUAUCGAUUGUAAUUAUAAUUUUGAGCGAUUUGGAUUUUAUAAUGUAACCUUUUGUUUGGACGGACGCGAGGCGUAAAGCCGUGUGCUUCGAGUGGUCUGUUGAUAUACAUAUGUAUUUUAAAAUUGAAGUGGUGGACUCGUUUUUAUUGUAGUUUAGUGAUACGAGGUCGCAACGAGUCGCCGGGGUUAGUGGCAGCGCAGAUAGUAGUGUUAAACACCGCUAUGAUGUUGUUGAUACUUAAUGUUUGCGAGUGUUGCUCAAAAAGAUAUAAUAAAACGAUUCCGAAGUGUCUUGUCUGAUCGAGUGGCGGGGUGAAAGGGUGGGGGCGACGCCCCUUAUUUAUUUUUAUAAUCAUUUAUAUUUUAGAUAUAGGAGUUAGAGCUUCAACUGUAAUUAUCAUUAUCCGGUUCAAUUUUGUUAUUCGCUCCUUCAUGUUUCUGUAAAUUUAUGCUGAUAUUAUUUUAUUAUGAUACAUUCGUAUUGUGUUGUGUCGGUAUGCUCGCCAGGAUGCCGAGUGUUGAUUUGGCCUACAAUUAUGUCUUAUUUAACUUUUUGAACAAAAAAAAAAAUUUUUUUUAAACAGUCACUGACUAAAUGAUCGUAUGCAAAGUGUAUAAUUUAAUGUAUAAGUGAAAAUAAAGGCAUUCCAAUAAGUUAGCGGUGGCGUUUACUCGGUUUGAUGAAAAUUAAAAAGAAAAUAGCUGCAAUAAUAUGUUUGCGUUUUGUUUUAAACAUAAGUGCCAUCCGUUGCAUAUCCCUGGUUGUUCAGAGUGAGCGUUUUACCCAGUGGCUUCUUUCACAACCCUCAUACCGGUCACUCUCAGUAAUGUUUUAAGUUAACAUUUUAUUCAUUAGCUUCCUCCCGUCGGUUGUGAAGGAUGCCCCUCGUUUCUCUGGUACUUACUACAGUAUUCGACUAUUUAUCUUGUCAUUAUCUUCUAAAAAAUAUACAAUACCAUGUUGCCUUUCAAAUUUUAGGAUGAAAUUUUUUUUCCAAUAAAAUGUUUAAGU